AUGCCAGAAGGCACAAAGAUCCAGGUUCCAGCAGUCAUGCAGAUGGGCGUGGAAGUAAAGCCAGCCGCGGAGCAAUCUGUGCGAGAGUAUGAUAUGUCGAAGUGGUUUGAGCAGAUGCAGCAGCAGGUCGUUGGCUGCAUCGUCCUCGCUUGUGUUCAUGUACACUGGGGCUAUGUCACCCCUUUGGCGCUUCAGUGCGCUACAGCACCGCUUCAGCUUCUGGAAGCCCCGUUGGUGAAAAUUCAUUUGCUCCACAAGCCUGCCACAGGAUCAUUGAAGAGGCCGUUUCCAGCCCCGAGCCUUCUUCCGUUCCUUCCACCUACACCAGAACCGCCGAAGGAGAAGCCGAAGAAAGAUAAGGUCAAGAAGAGCAAGUAA